AUGGUGGGUGGUAAAGAGUUGGAUCUGGCCAUUUUGGUCUGCAUUCUUGGCUCUUCAGCCUUUGCUGUGGGUUCCCAGGCCAAAAAACAUGUCUGGAAGCAAGUUGCCUCCUUCCUCGGGCCAUGUUCUGUCUACGCCUCUCGGGCUCCAGAAGGUGGUCUGCAGGCAGAACAAAGGAUCGCAGGGAUUGGCGUCCUGACGGUGAUCCUGGGACUUGUGCUGUUCCUCGGCUGCUGGUAUUGUAGAAGACGGAACGGAUACGGGAUCCUGAAGGGCAGAAGCCGUUACGUUGGUACUCAGGGUACCUUUACAGGAAGAUGUCUACGUGAGGGACUUGGUCACCAGGACAGCAAGCUGCCUUUUCUAGAGAACAAUUAUGAACCUGUGGUUCCCAAUGCCCCACCUGCCUACGAGAAACUCUCCGCUCAGCAGUCCCCACCACCUUACUCUCCGUGAGAGCCAGCGAGGCCCCUGAGAGAUGCUGAAAUGAUUCGCCUCACACUUUGGAUUACAUUGAAUGUGGACAUUUAAUGUCCUGCUUCGGGAUGCUGUAGAAACAGUGUACAUCAUCACUAACAAUAAGCUUAGUGCUAAAUUCUUAGUAGGGAAACUAGCAAUACUAAUUGAGGAAAUGAUGAAAAAUAUUAAAAUGGAAAAACGUUGUCAAUAAACAUUUUGAGGCAUGAUACUAUCUGUGCCAGUAGUAA